AUGAAUCCGUUUGACCAAAACCCGGGUCAGAAUGGACAACCCAUGCAACGUCCGAGAGAGCUGUACCUUCGGGAUCUCAAGGCCCGCCUCAUUUUAACACGAGACGGCGGCGGCACGGUCAUCCCGGACAACGGUGAUAUGCCCCACCAUGUAGAUCAGACACGGGUCGACGAAUAUAUAAAUCAUCUUGAGGCCCUAGCUGCGAGUGGCCGGCAGGCUAUGGAGGCCUUGAACCAGCUGCAGUCUGUACUCCCUGCCAACCACCGGCUCAGCAGACUGGCACUGCCGGCUCCUCCUACUGGCCCAGCAUCUCCGGGCCCAGCAGCCAUGGCAGGCAGUUCUCACCACGCAAUGGGAGGAUACGCCACCCAGCAACCGGCGAUAUCCUCUCCGGCAUUUCCCCAGUCACAGCAAGGGAAUGCGCCGGCCAGAAUGAACGCAUCACAUACUAUAUGGGCCGGCUUUCAGCAGGCUGGUAUGUCGAACACGACUUCCACGGUGCAAAAUACUUCACAGUACACAUAUCCUUAUAGCGGCCACUCGACUGUGCAAUCCAGUGGUGCCGCUUCUUACCAGUCACUGGCUGCGAGUUACCCGUAUGGACCUGGAGUGCGGCAUCAUACGCAACAACAACAACGACCUACAAUGAACGCGUCUACCUCAGGCUAUACGCACAAGCCGCAAAACCCGGGACAACUCAACGCCCAGCCAAUGACUAGUCCCGAUACCACAGUAGAUCCGCAAUCUCGCCCAAGUUCAGGGGCUUCUGCCCAAACGGGUCAGCAAAGCGGUAAUCCUGCUAGUGGGUCGUCGGUGCAGGGAGCCGUGAAUGGAGCCCCUAGCCAGCCUUCUGUAUCUACGUCGAGUAUACAACCCUCAACGGGGACCCACUCGGGUCAUUCGAACGAUGGCGCUCAAGAUUUUGGAUUGACUAUCACAAAGGAGCGCGAACCUAGCGCUAGCGAGCUACAUCUGGAUCUCUCUUACUUAUCUCGUAAAUAUGGCCCAGCAACCGCGAAGCGAAUCAUACUGUUCAAGCUCGAAAGCGCUGGUCAUCACAAGCUCGUCCAUAAACUCACGGCUGCCACUCCUCUGUCUGGUCUACCCGCCGGUUUGUCGACGACGUCCGCCCCAGCAUCUGCUGCGAAACCUUCCGCACCUGCCCAGAUGCCCUCGCCUGUGACUUCCCAGACGAUCCUCACUGCCCCCGCGAUGUCGGCACAGCAUAACGCGUUGCCGCCGCUGCAGCCAUUCCCCUCCGUGGGCGUAUCAUCCACGUCUACAGUGGUAACACCUCCAGCUAGUUCAUUAACAGCGACCGCAACUGCAACGUCGAGCUCUGCACCAUCUGCAUCUAUGGAACCAACGCUCGCGACUGCAAUGGCUGAGAUGGAGGCCUCGACUGAUCCAGCUAUAGCGGGAUUUGCGCCCACUGAGCAGUCUCACUCCCAUCAGCCGAGCACACAUGACUCGCAUUCGCGACAACGCGAACAACGGAAAAUGGAAGAUCUUCAGUCAUCCGCGUCUAAACCGAUAUCAGGCGUCAGUACGACCCUGUCCGCGGCCGCCCCACAGACGGCACAAUACUCAAGCGAGCCCGCUCCCAACCAUCCACCGUCCGCGAGCAUUCUGCGGGAUUCCUCCGGGAGUGUACUGUCUCAACAACCGAACCGCAAGACUCUCGCUCGCGACAUCUUACGUUCUCUGUCGUCUCCAUACCCCGCAAGGCACUCUCAGACUGUCCGUAUUUCUCAUAAUGCGCCGUCAACAUCAGCUCGGAACUCGGCCCCGCGGACGCCAAUACGUUCCAUCCUUCCGCAGACUGAUACUGACUCUCACAUGUCGUUGCCAACGCCCGGCCCUGUGCCCCAGGGUGCGACCGUAAUCUCACCCGGCAUAGCCCUCCUCCACCAUGACAGUACUGCAGCCUCGAUGCCCCAAGACGCUCAAGAGAAAGCCAAUAGGACGGACAUUGGCAUGCAAGAUAUAUCAACUGGGCCGUCGUCACCCCGAUCGCUUCAAGCGGGCGACCAGGCCGAGAAGCCUGUCAGUAACUCCGGCGAGCCAUCUACGGACCGGCAAUCUUCGAACCCCCCAUCUGGGCCCAUAUUCAUGGACCUCAUCACCCCCGAUCCAUCGCCCCCGUUAAGCACACAUCCCCUGGAAGACCCAGAUGCCACCUUGCGUCCUGCAUCUCACCGUGAUCUGCGCAAUGCGACUUCGUACGCGACUGGUGCGUCCGGGCCGGAGGCCGCGUUUGGAUAUAUCUCGCCGCGCAGCUCUCCGCCACUGGCUGCGCAUAUAACCGAGGUCGAAGAGGAGGAAGAGGUUCAAGACGUCUCUGCGUCCGGCGUGGUCGAAGACGUCACCAAUAUCUCCACGGUUGAGAGGGAUGUAGACAUGGAUGCUGGGCCUGCUGGGCAUUCAUCCGCCAUGCUCAGAGGGACUUCCGCGGCAUCGUUCAAUCCCCGCAAGCGCAAUCGCGCUUACGUCGAUUUGCCACCGCUGCCCGCUCAUCUUCGCCCCGCGCACCAGCGCAUGCUGAAGAAGGCUCGCUUGGAUGAGGCCGCGUCUGAGGAACGCGCUGCGGCGGAGAAAGCUCGUCAGGAAGAACGUUCAGAAAUCACCGCCAUGGCAACGCAGGUAUUGGGCGAGUUUCCUUGCGAAUGGGAAGGAUGUGACGCACUAUUGAUAUCGCUGCGCACACGCUUUAAACAUUUCAAACAGCAUCUUGAAAUAGAGGCGGAGUUUGCACUCGAGGAGGUCAUCUGCAGAUGGGAUCGUUGCUCGGCUGAGGUGGAGCCAUCGCGCGUGAUGCAGCAUCUCACUCUUCAUGCACCACACGUUCUUCUUUGCCCUUAUGAAGGCUGUGGGCUUGAACUGGAGUCAAGUGCAUUGGUUGAACACGUGAAAGGAGAACACGAUAAUACUCAAGGGCGUCUACCGGACUGCUUGCCUUCUACGCCAUCGCUCGGUCCGCCGCCUGAGCGGCUGUCCAACGGCGUCUACUUCCCUCGCGUUGCUCAACCUGCUGUCAUGUCCCAAGAAUAUCGACAAGAACUAGGACCGUGGGUCCUUCGCCAGAUUCAUAGUACGUCAAGCUAUGCCCCCACUCGCAAAGGCCGAUCGCACGCCCCCGAACCUCCACAAGAGGACGUAUGGGACUUCAUGGACGAAGUGGAAGUGCACGAUAAUGGCGGCUCGGCCCAGAUAUCCGUUGACCUGGAUGACCUGGAUGAGAGCUCGCAUAUCACGCGCAUACUUCAGGAGGGAGGUCAGGUUCGCGUUUACGCGGAGGACGAAUAUGACUCUGUUAGCGAUGACGAAGGGUCUCAAUCGGCGAAAUUGGAACACGACGCCGAUGGAUGCAAGAGCUCAUCUGAGGGAGUGCAACAUUCAGUCAGAGGCUCGGGUGACGAGGAUGACCCGCUCGACCUGAUUAGUGCGGGGUCCCGCGACUCGGAAGAAGGGGAUAUGGAGAUAGUAGACAAUUUGCUUGGGUAA